CUUGUGUUUUUGUAAACCUUAAUGGAGCUGAUUGCGAUCAGCUUGACGUUGGUCAGCAGCAGAUAACACAGCGUUUUGCGGGCUGGUGCUGAGUUGGGCUUUCCACUGAUGGAGCAACCGGCUUGUUGGAGACGUGAUGCGAGGAUGACCAUGGCUCAGGCUGGAGCCGUCGUUGCAGCGGCCGCGGGACUCCUGGUCUUCUUCCUCUACUCCUCCAUCCACAAGGUCGAGGAGGGGCAUCUGGCCGUCUAUUACAGGGGUGGUGCAUUGUUAUCUAGUCCAAGCGGACCAGGCUACCACAUCAUGCUCCCGUUUGUUACCACCUUCAAAUCUGUGCAGACCACGUUGCAGACUGAUGAAGUGAAAAAUGUGCCUUGUGGGACAAGUGGCGGUGUUAUGAUCUACAUUGACCGAAUAGAAGUUGUCAAUAAAUUGGCACCAUAUGCAGUGUACGAUAUUGUGAGAAACUACACUGCAGACUAUGAUAAGACCUUGAUCUUCAAUAAAAUUCAUCAUGAGCUGAAUCAGUUCUGCAGCGCCCAUACCCUGCAGGAAGUAUACAUUGAGCUGUUCGAUCAGAUAGAUGAGAAUCUGAAGUUGGCCCUGCAGAAAGAUCUCAAUGUUAUGGCACCAGGUCUCACUAUCCAGGCUGUGCGUGUUACAAAACCCAAAAUCCCAGAAGCCAUCCGAAGAAAUUUUGAGCUAAUGGAGGCUGAGAAGACCAAGCUGCUGAUUGCAGCCCAGAAGCAGAAAGUAGUAGAGAAGGAGGCGGAGACGGACCGGAAGAAAGCGCUCAUUGAGGCGGAGAAGGCUGCUCAAGUGGCCAAGAUUCACUAUCAACAGAAGAUUAUGGAGAAGGAAACUGAGAAGCGAAUUUCUGAAAUUGAAGAUGCUGCAUUCCUAGCAAGAGAGAAAGCAAAAGCUGAUGCGGAAUACUACACUGCUCGGAAGCUGGCCGAUUCCAACAAGCUGAAACUUACCCCCGAGUAUCUGGAACUAAUGAAGUACCAAGCGAUAGCUGCCAACAGCAAGCUGUAUUUUGGUGACCGCAUCCCCAACGUGUUUCUGGAUUCCUGUGCCUUCCAGCAAGCCAGUCUGAGGACCGCCCAAGAACCAGCCUUCCUUCACAGGAGGCCCCAGACACCUCUGGAGAAAGCCACCUCAGAGCAAAGGAAAGCACUGGCUGACAGAGGUAGAAAAAUACCCGGUGUAGCUCAACAGCUAGCCCAGCUGUGAAUGGGGCUGUUGCCCUGUGCUGGUGGGGCGGAUACAGCGCAUGUGUGGACAUCCUGUGUAUUAGGUGGCAGUUGGGGUGAUUUUCUUCUAGCAACACAUUGCAAGUGCUCUGCCUCUUCCGUUUCUUCCCCUAUUAAAUUGGUGCUUCCAAAUGAGGGAUAAUCCUGUACUAACAUACCUAUACUGGAAUAUUAAAAGACAGACACCAGGAAAGCCUUCCGCAGUAGGUGCAAUUAUUUAGCAAGUGUUACUCUGGAGGUAGGAGAUGUGGCUUUGAGUGCUACGUUGCUGCACACUGGUCAUUGCCCAGUGCUCCUUGCUGAGGCAGAACGAGGAGGUUUCCUUUGUCCUGCCAAUGAAGCUUUGCUUUGUGGACUCCGAGGCAAGUUUCUACUGGCGCUGUCUAACUCGCCUCAAGAACUCCAGUGAGUGGGCUCUCCUUGGCCAGCGGAGGCUGUGUGUUCCUGCUCAGGGCAAGGCCUGACGAGGAGUGGUUUGGUGUGGAAUGGGUUAUAUGAAUAGGAUCUCCAUAGAUGUAACCUUCUUUCCUUUAGGCAAUGGUACUAGAUACCGACUCAGAGCAAGCAAUCUCUAACAGGCUUCUGUAACUCCCCUUCUCCAAGCAAGAGCGUCAUGCUGGCUGCCCGUGACUGACUGUAGUACGUUUCAGCUGGGCAGCUGAGUCUCGCCUUGCAUCCUAAACCAGAUUCCGGAGUGCGUGGAUCACCUCUGAGCAGCUGGUUGGCAACAGAGCUGGCAAAUGUUUGCCAGGGAAAGGGGGCUGAAUUUCCACUGCUCUGCCUCGCUGAUGAAAGCGAAUGGGAAGAGAAGAGCGAAGGCUCCCCGCUCUGCAGCAAAUCAGAUGUUUGACACCUCAGCUGCAAAGUAGGUGAGGCAUCGCUGCUCCCCAGUGCAAAAUCCACUGCUCCAAGAAGAAGCUGGACUUGCCUCAUGUGUUCUUGAGCAGCUGCGGUCGAGAGACUGUUGCUGGUCCUCUCAUUGCUGGCCAGGCUUUGCUGUGUUGCAAGGUUUUUGACUCGUGAGCGGUGCUAGCCGGAUGAUCUUUUCUCCUGGUGUGCAUUGUAAUAUAUCAAAUCCCCGCUCCCUGUGUGCCACUGCAGGGUGAGAAAAAGAGGUGUGCUCACGGAGGGAAAUCUGCUGGUAUGAUCUGCGUUCCUCUUUUCCUCUGUCCUCCCCUUUGUCUGUGAGGACAUGCUUGUUCUAGGACCUGUUUCUCAUCGCAUUCUGCGGUGAUCCCAGAAGACGAUGGCUGGGGAGGCAACUGGCAAGAUCUUGAGCUGAAGCACUGUUCCCCAGAGGGCAGCACUGCAGCAAUGCCUGCCUCUGAACCCCGCUGCCUGUUCCAAGACUGCCUCUCCUCCGCCAGCCUGGGAUAUCUGUAUGUUCAUCCUGCUUUCCUGUCCGGGCCAGUUGGCGGUGAUGGGCCAGUUGGUGCUGGCAUUGAGAUCUUCUGUCCCUGGCACUGUCUGCAGCCUUGUGGCAAUGGGAAGAACACGCUUAGGUUUUGCCUUUGUGAAAUGUUCAACCCAAAACAAAUGGCUUGACUUCACCUCUGCUAAUAAUUUCCUCAAAUGAGAUGUGUGGGCUUCAGGCUUUCCAGUGCUGCUUUCCUAACCUACACAGGCUUUCCAAGCCCACGUGGCUUGACUCAGAGGAUGGCAGUGUCUCUUCUCAAGGAAGUUUGGCAACAUACGGUGCCUUACGGUGUCUCAGCUUCUGCCCUGGCUGCUUCUCCUCCAUCUCUGCGGCAGAACAGGGAUGGAUUGACCCUGUCUCUCCUGCUGCCACCACUGGCCAGCUUGGGUAACAUGUGACUCUGGGAGCUUGCAGCAGUUUCAAGUGGUCUGUCUUUCCACCGUCUGUCCUUCGUCCGUCUGUCUGCAAACUCCCAAGGCCUGAUUGGUGUUCUGCUUCAGGACACCAGCUCCUUUUCAAACCCAGCCAUGGCAGGAGCAGGGGACCAGCACCCCACCCCAGUGAGAGGCCAGCUGAAGGUGCUUGAGCACCAAUCCUGGCUUCCAGGGAGGUCGUGGGUGAGCGUGCUUCCCUCGUGCUCUGAGGAUGGAAGGAAGGGUACUGCUGUCACCAGGAGGAGAGGUUUCUGAAGCGUUUUCUGUACGCACCUGGUGCACAGGGGGUUGUGGCACAGCCCUGUGCCUUGCAGGUCCCAGCCUAGGGAGCACUAAGCUGAGCAUUUUGCAUGGGGGAGCUCACAUCUUCACCUGCAGAAGGCUUGGGCAAACACUGCUCUCCUGGCAAAGAGCAGCCUUUAAAGGAUGCUGGCGAGCACAGGAGCAGGAAGGAUGUCUGCCUGUCGCGCUGGAAGGCAGCUCGGCCAGCAGGCAGGGCAGAGUUGAAACCCGUGGCUGAUGGCAGGAGAGGAACAGGCAGGCACAGCGUUAGCCCUGUUAGACCUUGCAGUGCCCUCCUAAGGGGCAGGGCAGUGGGGGUGGUAGCAUAUUUUGUAGCUGUGGUGGUUGAAAUGACUUCUGGAAGUAUUGUUUGACUUGCCACGGUCCCAUUUCUCCUGUGGGAAGGGCUUCGAGGAGUCAGUGGAGUUGCAUCUCUUUGACCCUCCACCUCCUUGGUGUUGCUGGCCUGCAGCAGCCACUUGGAUUGUAUUUUUGGACAAAGGCAGGCUUUUUAGAACAGAAGCACUGCUGGAGGAGACAUGGACUUGUCUCCAUGUGGUGCUCACUGAGGUUGGGCACUACCCAGUGCUGGCAUGGGGCUGGGUGGACAGGGUAGGUUCUGCCAGCCUGGAGAUGACAAGAAGUAAGGGAUGAGGGGAACCAUGACAAGCAAUAACCAGGCAGCUCACAGCUCUCCUGUGGUGAUCAGAGUGAGAUCCCUGCGCAGGGAGUGGGAAAGCCUUCAAGGCCACUGCAGGAAGAGCUGCUUCCCUUUGGAUCUGAACCUCAGUGGGUCUCACUGCGGCUGUCCGGGUGGAUGCAUGACUUUGCUGUUAGUGGCUGUCCGUCUGGCUAAAUGUUGUCCUGCUCUGGUUGGGUAUGCAUCAGCCAGAGGUGGCCCAUGUGGUCUGAGGGACACCGAGAGAUGCUUCUGUGGCUUGAAGUCCUGCAGCAAGGUGUGUGUGAUGCAUGGUGCCUUCUGCGAAAACCUCCUCUGUCCCUCUCUGCUUCCCUAGCCCUCUGCUUCGGGAGCCGGAGUAGGCGUGCAAGAGGAGGGAAUCACCAUGGCUUUAACACCUCUGUCUAGGCUUUGCGUCUCUCAGAGCUGGGAGUUGCAGAGCGGGAAUAUGGGUGCAGCCAGGAAUGUGGGAUUGAACUGUUUUUUCUUCCCCUUCAAAAAGGCCUCUGUGCUCCUGUGUGACAGAAGGGGUCUGCGACUGGAUCUGCGCCUUCUUUAAGGAAAAACAAUAAGUACGGUCAAGUUUACAUGCACAGUGUUAAGUUCUUUCGAUAAAGCAGAAUAAAAUUAUUUUGUUACUGUU